AUGGCCGUAGAAAUGGCCCCAGCUGCUGAUGUUGAUCUUUACCAGGCUCGUGCAGCCCUACAACACCAACAGAGUCCAGAGGUCUCGGUCCCACGCGAAUUCAUCACACAAAUUGUCGAGGAGCUCAUCCAAUGUCGCGAGGCUCACUCAUCCAUCGCAGAGAUCGAGCGCGAGUGCUCGCAACUUCGGAAAGAAUUACGCAAACACACCCACAUAAAUGAGGCGUUUCAGAAGGAACUGGGUGAGAUCGGAGAGAUUAUAACCCAAGUUGCCCAUGGAGACUUGUCGCAGCGGGCCCGCAUGCACCCGUUGGAGAUUUCACCUGAUAUCGCCACCUUUAAACAAACGAUCAAUACAAUGAUGGAUCAGUUACAGGUUUUUAGCCAGGAGGUUUCCAGGGUCGCCCGCGACGUCGGGACCGAUGGAGUCCUGGGUGGACAGGCAAAGAUCGAGGGAAUUCAGGGUAUCUGGGAGGAGCUGACUGUCAAUGUCAACGCUAUGGCGAACAAUCUUACGACCCAAGUUCGCGAUAUCACCACUGUUACGACGGCAGUAGCAAAGGGAGAUCUCACCCGCAAGGUGCAGGCAGAUUGCAAAGGAGAAAUCUUGCUGCUGAAGAACAUUAUCAACUCUAUGGUCGAUCAACUACGGGAGUUCGCCUUUGAGGUCAGCCGUGUCGCUCGCGAGGUGGGAUCAGAUGGAACACUUGGUGGUCAAGCAGUCGUCCACGGCGUGGAAGGAACCUGGAAAAAUCUAACCGAUAACGUGAACCGAAUGGCCUCUAAUUUGACCCAGCAAGUUCGUGAAAUCGCCAAAGUAACGACCGCUGUGGCUCGUGGAGAUCUUACCAUGAAAGUGACGGCGGAUGUCAAGGGAGAGAUCUUGGACCUUAAGCUGACGAUUAAUUCGAUGGUUGAUAGACUCAAUCAAUUUGCAUUUGAGGUCAGCCGAGUUGCACGUGAAGUGGGAACUGACGGUACACUGGGCGGCCAAGCACAGGUGGAGAACGUCGAAGGACAGUGGCGGAACCUCACAGACAACGUCAAUACGAUGGCCCAGAAUCUUACUAUGCAAGUUCGGCAGAUCUCCAACGUGACCCAGGCCAUUGCCCGUGGUGAUCUCAGCACCAAGAUCGAGGUCCAUGCUCAAGGGGAAAUCUUGACCCUGAAAGAAACAAUUAAUAGCAUGGUGGAUGGCCUGGGUCAAUUUGCACGCGAGUUGAAAGGCGUGGCACGAGACGUGGGCGUGCGAGGACAACUUGGUGGACAGGCGAAUGUUGAAGGAUCUCAUGGUAUUUGGAGGUCGAUUAGCGAAGACGUCAAUACGAUGGCGGACAACCUUACAUCGCAAGUGCGAGCCUUUGGAGAGAUCACAACCGCAGCCAUGAGCGGUGACUUUACUUCGCUUAUCACGGUAUCUGCGUCGGGUGAGAUGGACGAUUUGAAGCAGAAGAUCAACAAGAUGAUCUCGAGUCUUCGAGACAGCAUUCAGCGCAAUACUGCUGCUCGCGAAGCAGCCGAGUUGGCCAAUCGCAGUAAAUCGGAGUUCCUUGCGAAUACCAGCCAUGAGAUCCGUACUCCAAUGAAUGGAAUCAUUGGACUGACCAGUCUAGCCCUCGACACAGACGAUCUGCCCGCCUCCGUUCGCGAAACAUUAAGUAUGGUGCACAGCCUGGCUUUCAGCCUUCUGACAAUCAUCGACGACAUCUUAGACAUCUCUAAGAUCGAGGCAAACCACAUGAAGAUCGAAAAGACAUCAUUUAGUCUUAGCACAACCGUGUGGAGAGUGCUGAAGGCUUUUGACGUCCAAACAGUCGAAAAAGCGUUGACCUUGACUUAUUCAGUCGAUGGUAGUGUGCCAGAUUAUCUCAUUGGAGACGCUUAUCGAAUCCGACAAGUGAUGAUGAACCUUGUCGGUAACGCCGUCAAAUUCACCGACCACGGCGAAAUCCAUGUUUCCAUAAAGCAUAUUCAAGAUAGCACUUGUGCAUCUAACGAAGCUACCUUCCAGUUCUCGGUUACGGACUCUGGCAUUGGAAUCGAACAAAGCAACCUUGGGCUUAUAUUCGACAAGUUUCAACAGGCGGAUGGAUCCAUGACCCGCCGCUUCGGAGGCACAGGUCUAGGACUUGCCAUUUCCAAGCGCCUUGUCUCCCUUAUGGGUGGUGAUAUCUGGGUCACAUCCAACCCUGGUAAAGGAAGCACAUUCGGAUUCACCUGCAAACUGGAUGUUAGUGAACCUCCAUUGACCCUCGCUGAGCAAGUCAUGCCGUAUCGAGAUCGCCAGUUCUUGGUCGUCGGCGAUCCCAGACAGACAGAAUGCCCCGCUAUCCGCAUGCUGCAAGAAUUAGGUCUUCAAGCUGUGAUCUUGACCCGAGAUCAACUUUCAAGCCAAUGCAAUGAAAGAAGCUCUGCGUUUAGUGCUAUUAUUGUCUCAACCAUGGAAGAUGCUGUCGAGUUACGCGCUUGCAGCCACUUCUCGCCCACCCCUCUCAUAUUCAUGGCCACUGAGCUAUCGUUGCCGAUGAAGACUGCUGGUUCAUUGGGUAUAACGGCUUAUAUCACCACUCCUUGCCGCCCUAUCGAUCUCUGGAAUGGAAUUAUUCUUGCUCUGGGGAACCGUCAAAAUCUCACACAGCCCGGAAAUACUCGCCCUCUCUCCAUUCUUCUUGCCGAAGACAACGAUGUCAACGUGAAAGUAGCUGUCCGCAUUCUCGAAAAAGCAAAACACCACGUCACCGUUGUUGGCAAUGGGCUUCAAGCCGUGAAAGAGGUCAAAAGCCGGCGCUAUGACGUGGUUCUCAUGGACGUCCAGAUGCCAGUGAUGGGCGGCUUUGAAGCGACCGCGACGAUCAGACAGCAUGAGAAGCUGCAGAAUCUCCCUCGAACACCCAUUGUCGCACUAACAGCACAUGCUAUGCUCGGAGAUCGUGAAAAGUGCCUUGAAUCCGGGAUGGACGAUUACGUCUCCAAGCCUUUGCAACCCAAUCACAUGAUGGAGACCAUUCUCAAAUACUCGGCGAUGAACCUUUCCGCAUUCCCAGCAAACAAGCCUUGA